CCUUAGUUUCGUGCUUCACGUUUCCGCUCAGUGUCACACUGUCCUCUACUGCUGUCGGCGAGCUGUAGGACAAACCGGCUGAAAUCAUGGUGUUCGAGGAGAAAAUGAUCCAGAACGGAGAGCCUGAUGAGGAAGAAGAAGAAGAGGAUGAGGAAGAAAUGGUGGAUCCCUUAGAAACAAUCAGGCAGAAAUGUGAGGAGACGGAGCACUGUGUUCACGCACGGGAGAAGCUAGAGGCUUGUGAAACCAGAGUGGGCUCUCGGUCUGAAACUACAGAGGACUGCACAGAGGAGCUUUUCGACUUCCUGCACGCGCGUGACCACUGUGUGGCCCACAAGGUCUUUCAUUCAGUCAAAUGAAGACCCUCAGACCCUCUAGAUGAACUUCUGCCCGUAUCAAUAUUGAGUUCCACUGUUAUUUCCAGUGAUGUGAUUGCUGAGUUUCUUCAGAUCAGCCUACUGUACCUAACAGCUUGUCCAGUGUGUUUAUGUUGAUGAAUUGUGAAUACAAUAUUGUAAUGUGUACAUCUUUGCAAUAAACAUUUAAGUAUA